AUUAGUGAGUAGGGCACCGCGCCAUGGAAACCUUCAACCACUCCCUCUGUCGCCUUUAUAGCAUCACCAAAACAUCAUGAGAAACUUCCUUCUAGUGUUUCACAAGAAAUAUUAAGUUUUGAUGCCACAAGAAAGUUUCGUAGAAAAGCAAAAUGUAUUUCCAGACUUUUCUGCACGGUGUUCUCUGGCAACUUUAUAUGAUAGUCCCGCGUGAGGGACAUUCAAAACAAGAUUAGUUAACAGGGCACCGCGUCAUGGAGGUAUUGGGUCACUCCCUCUGUCACCUUCAUUGCAUCCAUAGCAUCAGCAAGACAUCAUGAAAAAUUUUCUCCUAUUGUUUCAUAAAAAGAAACGUCCUCUCGUAAGGGGUCUGACGUUCAAGAGUACAAUUGGAGGGCACGAGAAUUCUACUUUUUUGAACAUGGGAAGUGAGGAGGAUCUUCCCGACGGAACGAACGACGCUUGCGAGGGUCACACAGACCAAAAAGUUUCUGCCUUGUUCUCAGCAAUUAGGCGCCAUGAUGUAGACGAAGUGGAGAUGCUGGUGAGCAACGCCACGCCAGGAUCAUUAGAAACUAUCUGUGGAGGCCUCACUCCACUCCUUGUGGCCUGUCAGCAACGCAACCUGCCCAUUCUUAAACUUCUUCUGCAACAUCAUGCACAGAUGGAAGCCGAGAGCAGUAAUGGCACCACUCCACUGCAUGCUGCGAUCUGUGAAGGCUGGAAUGAGGGCGUUGCCGAACUAUUGAAACAUGGAGCAUUACCUGAUCUUCGGGAUAUUUCUACCUCUACAUCCACCACGGCUGGAGCUAGCUCUCCCCUGAAAGCUGCCGUCAUGACUGGCAAUAUUGCAGCACUUCAGUUAAUAUUCGAUUAUCAUCCGAACUUAGGUGUCAUAGAUACUGAAGAGGGUUCCCUCCUCCAUCUGGCUGCGCUCUCACAUCAGCCACUGAUGGUGAAAUAUUUGCUAGAGGAAAAGAUAUCAGCAGAAAUUUUGAAAUCUUGUAAUCAGAAUGGUGACACUGUAAUGCAUGCAGUCCUACAUAAGAGGAGCAGAGAUAAAUAUGAAAAGUCCCAAAUGGAAAUUCUCAGAAUGUUUUUGGAGGCUCGUAUUGAUGUGAAUUCAAAAAACAAAGCUGGAGAGACACCCAUUUUCUUGGCCGCUCGUGCACGCCUCUCGCAUUGCACGGAGCUUUUGCUUUCAUCUGGAGCUGAUCCUUUGGCUAUAACAGAGUCAGGACAGUCAGUGAUUCAUGGUGCCUGCCUUGGGGGAUGUGCUGACACUCUCAAUCUUUUGCUGAAAAGAUGUCGCCUUGCUCAUCUUGUUACACAUUCAGACAAAGAAGAUGUGCUUCCAUUUCAUUGUGCUGUUGGGAGUUAUUCCAUUGAUUGUUGCCAGAUACUGUUGAUGAACGGCGAUCACCUGACACACCGUGAUGGUAAUGGCACUUCUCGCUGUUCCUUGCUUCUCCAGCACUUCCCAGAUACCUCCUCGCAACUUCUGGAUCGACUGUUCAGUUCUCGCAUCACCCUCUCUGAUGACCCUCAGUAUGACAGGAACUUUCGUGUAUUCUUCGAUUACUCUGAUAUUCUGUCUCAGAACAAAGGUGACAUUCAAAGUUGCUUCUUGCAGGAUAUUAACAGUUUUCAAAAUGACCUCCUCCAGCAUCCAUUGGUUGAGAGCUUUGUGCAUCUCAAGUGGCUGAAAAUCAGAUUCCUAUUUUAUAUCACCUUGAUGACAUUUUUUGUAUUCAUAAUUAUCCAUACAGUUUAUAUUAUAGCCAUAACCAGCAAGUGCCACAAGAUAUGUAUGGAUUUUUCAAAUUUAUCAGCAUUUCGUGUUUUACAUCUAGUAAUGUAUCUUCUCAUUUUGUGGCCAGAAGUAAUCACCAUGAUUGCCAAUCCCAAAAUGUACUUACGCCAUUGGGAAACUCUUACAAAAUUUGUGUCUCUUAUUGCAUCUGCAUAUGUUGUGAUUGCACACCAACAUACAAGUAUGAAUCUAGACCAUACACACAUCACAGAUUCAUCUGAGAAAAGUGAAGAACAUCCAGAUCCCUCUAUCAAUUUCCACCUGAGAAGGGAGAUCAGUGCAAUUUCAGUUUUCUUUGGCUGGGUCGAACUAAUGAUGAUGUUCGGGCGACUGCCUAUCUUGGGCUCUAACGUCCUCAUGUUUGCACGUAUCGCCAAGUCAGCCAUUAAGUUUAUUGCCGCCUUCAUUGGCCUUCUUGUUGGAUUUUCUGUCAGUUUUAUGGUUCUCUUCAGUGAGAUUGAUGAUUUUAAGACUUUCGGGAGAAGCUUCGUAAAGACACUAAUGAUGAUGAUAGGCGAGGUGGAUUAUUCCAACUUGGUGAACGAAAACACGGCGAUCAUCAGUUAUCUGAUUCUUGUGGUAUUUCUUUUUCUGGUGUGUAUUCUCAUGGCCAAUCUUCUAAUAGGCCUUGCUGUUGAUGACAUCAGCAGCUUACAGCGUAUUGGAAUUAUUGCCAGGCGCUCAAAGCAAGCAUCGCACAUUGUCACUUACGAAAAAGCGAUCGCUGUUGCUAAAAGAUUUCGACUGCUUCCGCGUCGCUUGGUAGUUGCAUUGAUAAAAGCAAAUUCAAUUAACAAAAAAAAACAUAUCUAUGUUAAUAAGAACCGGAAACGAUUCUUUUUCUGUGAAAAUAAUUUAGUCCCAUCACAGAUCUUAAAGAAAGCUGUGGCUGAGGCUAAGGUCAAUCACAUUUCCUCUGAAGACUCUCCGGUAUUCUCUGAGAAGGCAAUACAUGAAGGAAGCUCAAAUUUGUUGCUUCAAAAGCUGGAGGAUCUUAAGAAAAUGAUCACCGACAAUAUGAUAAAUACACAACAAAUUCAUGAACCCAAUAACAGCCCAAUAAACAAUGUAAAACAGUAUGACUAAGGACGCAUCAUAUGAAAAAGUAAACAAAAAAACUAGGAUUGUGAGAUGAAAUACAAAAAUUGCCUUCUAACUGUGUGUGACACGAGGCGUGUCUUGGGUCUUAACAUUUCCAAGUUACCUAUGUACAAUUGGAAUCUGUUAUUAUUUAUCUUGUCUGGAUACUUAUGGAAUCGGCUUUUUACUUAUAGGAUUAUAGACCUGCAUGUGUAGCUCUUAAAUCAGUGGUGGAGGGCGAGAGUGGUGAAUGCCCCGGGCGGCACAUUUCUCAGAGCCCGGGGGCAGCACAAGCAGGGCUACUGAGAAUAUUGAUGUUCAGACCGUUAUUUUAGACUUUGCAAAAUUGAAGGAACGCAAAAUAUUGAUUCAAAGUUCAUGUAUGUAUAGUAUAAUAUAUGUAUACAUAAUCAACAAGUGUAUUAUAUCUAAUCACAUAUUCUUAUCACUUGCAGGGGAGACGUUUUCAGGUUUCGCCCCAUGUGAAUUUAUCUCGCUACGCCACUGUUUGGAAUCUCUUAAGAAUUUUCUUGAGUAUCUUUUUGGUCUGUUAUAGAUUUAUAGAAAUAUCUCUGGGUCCUGCUGGGAUCUGUUUAGGGCUUGUCUACUGUCUAGAUAUCUCUGAGAUCUAUUAGGUAUAGGCAAUAAGUUGACGUGGUGUGGCAAUAGCCCGGUGAAAACUGUUGUCUUUGGUUUUGAGGUGUCAGCUCAACCAACUGCAGUGAACACUGGUUGUUGUUUAUAUAACUCAAGCACAAAUCCCUGUUAUGCAUCUUAUGUUAUGAAACCUUUUUUUUUCUCUCUCUCUCUCUCUCUCUCUCUCUCUCUCUGGGUUCAUAGAAAUAGGUCAGACAUACACACCGAGGAGUCAUUAACUACCAUACAAGUAAAUAUAUACUUUACUAAAUACAUAGUGGAACAAAAGAGGUCUGUGGAACAAAAAACAAUGGGAAAAUUAUAGAUGCUAACUGAAAAUGUUAAACUACCAUUAUACCUUCAUACAAAUUCAAAGUUGAGUGAAUAAGCUACAGUUGUGUGGCAUUGGUUCUCAUCUUCAUCCAUUGCCUUUUUACUCUUUGGAGGAUGGCUACCAGAUAGUAACAUGUGUGAUACUAGGAGUGAGUUAUAUAUGUGGAAUUACCAUAUGAUGGUGAGCGAUGGGUUGGCAAGCAACCUAUCAGUUUGAGUACAUAGGCCUGAGACACAUAGCACUAAACUGGAAUAUCUGCAUGGGAAGAGAGUAAGCUGAGGUGUAGCAAUAGAUGGCUGAGCUGGAGUGAUAAUUGUGUAUGCUCAUAUCUCACUGUGUGCUGUUACACUCAGGUCAAGGGAUUCUGAUCCUAUAUGACCCCAGGCCAUUGCUGAUUAACCCACUCUUAAAUUGGAAUUCACGACAUCCAUCAUUAUUUUUCUUAUUGUCUUGUUAGAAUUCCAAACAUCCCUUAUAAUCCUCAUUCUGUGAUAAAGGACCGCUGUGACAUCUGGACUUCCUUCCCCAAGUUUCCCAUAUAAUAACCGACCUGAAAAAUGAAUAUAUGGGUAAUUGUGUGAGUUAUGAACUAAUUGUUCCAGGUGAGAUUCAAAGUAAAGCUCCAGAUUUGAUUCCAGGGAUGUUAGCUGCUGUAUUAUGGAGACAUUUCAUAUGAUAAUCAACCACAUACAUAGUUAUAGGACAUGUCUGUGUUUAAUGAGCAGUGACCUGAUGUUAUAGAUAGCUGAUAGACAUGGUGGUUUUUUGCUAUGGAGUUAUCUGGCUGUGUUAGUUCUCCUUUCUUGAGGCCCUCGUUGCGAAGGUCUUCGAGGUGGAGCAGUGGCGUCGCCUGGCCUGGGCAUCCGGGGUUUUAGCCUCGGAUGUUUUCUCUUUAGCCCCGGAUAAUUCAGCUUCAGAAGAAAUAUAACUAAAAAUCUAAAAUCAUGUAACCUCUCAUAUGCUUUAAAAAUUGCACAGGAUGAAUAUGACAUCGCUUCGGUCAAAAUAUCAUGUUUUUGCUCUAAUCCCUGUGUUAUCUAUACGUGCAUCAUCCUGUUUCUAUCAGUAUAAUGUAAUUCAAUUUUGACACAUUUUGAAUUCACCACAAGGCUAAAGAAAGCACACAAGUAGGGUUUGGGGUCAGCCUCCAAUGUUUUCAGUCCCAAGAAAUGUACCUAAGAUGUAGGCUGAGUUCUAUCAUAGGAUCUUAGAGGUGCAGGCCAAGUUUUGUGAGAAGAUGGACCUGCAGGCUGUUUUAUGCGAGGAUCUCAGCACUUAAGGGAGGAUUGGUACAUUUCAUACAGGGACUGCCAUGAGUAAACUAGGUAGCAGCGUCCCGUAUUUUAAAGUUCUAGAGUACAAAAUGUACUUAUAGAUAGCAUGCAUCAAGUAAGUAGCUAUUUCGAAUUUUGUCUUGAUUUUUUUUUUUUUUUUUUUUGAGAAAGGUAUUGGACAUAACUGAAAAAAAAAUAUAUAUAUGCUCAGUCAAACAAGACAUAUUAAAUCCCUUAAAUCCUCGCCUCCCAUCUCCCCUCCAUCACGCGUGUUAUCUCCCCCUCCAAAACCCUCGCCUCACUGUCACGCUUCUCCACCAUCUCUUUAUAUUAUAAGACUGCUAUUAUCUUUUCAAACACUUUUUUUAUCACUACCUUCAUCAUCAUAACUAUACAUCACAUAACUCUCACAAUAACACUAUUACAAAAAGCUUAUGUUGAGAGGGAGGUAUAAAACUGGACCUGACAAAUAAUAAAUAGUUCACUGCA